UAACUUAAAAGAAAAUUUACCCUCAAUAGAAAUUCUAAGGGACCGUAAUUAACGAAACGUAAAUUUAAGGAAAGUCCAAACUCAACAGAUUUUCCAAUUUUACUGUUUGUGAAGACAACCGGGUAAUACUCAAACCUAUUCGUGGCCACUCAGAUUGUGAGGAAGACUUCAUUAAUGCCAGCUACAUUGAUGGGUAUAAAAAGAUAUAAGAUACAGCAAUAUAUUGCAACACAAGGACCACUGCCUAACACAACUGUUGACUUCUGGAGGAUGGUGUGGCAGGAGAGGUCUCAGACCAUUGUGAUGGUCACCAAUCUGGUGGAGGGAAAUAGGAUCAAGUGUCACAAGUACUGGCCAGAGACCGGGACCCUGUCCUUCGGUCCCUUCAAUGUCACCAUCACAGGACAACAGAUACUGGCUGACUACACCACUCGCCACUUUGCUGUUCAGCUCACAGAGAGCCGAGGAGAUAUUCUAACUGUGACUCAGUUCCACUUCACAGAGUGGCCUGAGUAUUGGGUGCCUUACUCUGCCACUUCACUGCUAGUCUUCCUCAAGAAAGUGAAGAAACUUCAUGAGUUAUCAAAAGGACCAAUGGUUGCUCACUGCAGUGCUGGUGUUGGGAGGACAGGGACUCUGAUAACUAUCGACUGUGUUCUUGAGCAGCUGAAAGAGGAGAAGGUGGUGGAUAUAGCUGGUGUCAUCAUCCACCUCCGCACACAGAGAAUGAAACUUGUUGAAAGUCUGCGUCUACCGACGCUCUGAUACUAUGACACAAAAACAACAGGAGACGUGUUAUCAGUAUUGGCCUCAGACUGGAAUGGUUAAGUUUGGAGAGUAUACAGUCGAUUUGACAGAAGAACAGACAGUGAUUGGAUAUACUAUUCGUAAACUGAGUCUUUCAAAUACUGAGGUAAGUAUGUUAGUAUAGAAUUAUUUAAAUUUCUCCUUCAUGCUUUGUAACAGUCUGGAAGUGCUCAUCAGAUUGUACAGCUGCACAUAACUAACUGGAGUCCUGAUGGUAGAUGUCAUAACCUCAGCACUGUUACAAGUGUGAUAAGUCAGAUGACAAACAUCCAGAUCACAACUGGCAACCGUCCCAUCGUAGUCCAUUGCAGUGACACAGUGGGUAGGUCGGGGAUGUUCUGUGCCAUAGUCACCACCAUUGAGAGGUGUAAGACAGAGGGAGUGGUGGAUGUGUUCCAGGUGGUCAAGGCUCUCAGGGUACAGAAACCUGGAGCUGUCCUCACUGUGGCACACUAUCAUUUGCUGUUUGAAGCAGUGUUGGUGUAUCUGGACUCUUUUGACACUUACAGCACUUUUCUUAGUGAUAAGAACCCUUGAAUUAUAGCUAUGAGUUAGUGAUAUACACCCACACACCUAUGUAUGAAUUUAUGUACUGUAUAGCACGGGUCAUGUUUUAUUAAACCAGGUCGAUCUAGUUUUAA